AUGAUGGAUUUGGAUCAGGGUGUUGAGGGUGUAUGGAUGGAAGAAUUGAAAAAUGCUCCUUUCUAUUCGAAAAUUGCAUCAUGCAUAGUGACUCAGUUAGCAAAAGCAGCAUUGGAUUCAGAAGGAGCACAACUGGAUUGUUUACUGUCUGCCAUCAAAGAUCAAAUUGAUAAGGAAAAUAUGAAUCAGCUGUCAGUACUUCUCGACUUAUUGGUGGAAAAAUUUGGCGAAAUCUCAGCUGAAAAGGCGCUGCUGCUUCUGGGAGUGUUUCGUCGUUAUGUGGAAGUAUGGCUACCAGAUACAGGCUCGAUGCCUAAAGCAACUUGCGAAGGCGAAACCGUGGAUCUUUUAACGUCAAAAAUGAAAGCAUUUAUGCUCGAAUUUGAUAACGAGAAAAUCGUCAAGAUAGCUGUGCGCGGCCUCGAUCCUCCUCUUGCAUUGAAGUUGCGUGUGAGAUGA